UUUGAAAACUAUGUUCCUCUGCUCUUUCUGUGUUCCUGUCAGGACCACCAUAAGAACCACAGUGCUUAUUUCUCCAAUCUAAUGCACUUUGAAGCAAGAGGAUGUUUGCCCACAGCACCAUAAAUGUGCAACACUACAGAAACAAAACUGGUUUUUCAGCUUUACUGUGGACUUAGUCAAACUCUGUGUUUAACGGCUGGAUUUGUACAGUUUUUCGGUCAUUGAGUUCAGAAUUCCUCCCUUCCUCUAAGAAAAGGCGUGUCUUGUGUGGUGCACUCCACACCUGGAGCUCCUCAGUUCAUUUGUGUCACGUGAAAUACUGCACCGUUCUGCUGUUCCUUUGCCGGAUUAUUCUUUGUUACCUCCCGUCCAUUGCUGUGUGUAAAAGGGUGUGACAACAUGUUUUCAACACUCAAAGUUUCUCUUCAUCACUCCAUCCUAAAGAGGAUUGUUGUAGUAGCUGGAUUCAUCGGACUGUUUUUAAUGUACUAUAAGUCAUUUCCGUUCCCAAGAUGUCAUCUUCAGUCGGUUCCACCACAACAGAUGAACACGCACAGCGGUUUGCACAACACAUCAGCAGUCAGGAAAGAACCAACCAGCGCUGUCGUGCAACGACAGUCACACAUCCCUUUAAUGCUGCUGUGGUCGUGGCCGGAAAACAAGCGGUUUGACCUGAAUAUCUGCAAAAACCUUCUCAACAUUGACAGAUGUCACCUGACUGAUAACAGGUCUUUGUACUCAAUGGCUCACGGGGUUGUGAUAUUUCACAGAACUAUCCAAGAUGACCUGUCAAACCUCCCAGCACCUCCCAGACCUAGAUUCCAGAGGUGGAUCUGGUUUAAUACAGACUCCCAAAAAAACACACGCAGGAUACCAGGUAUCGAACACCUUUUCAAUUUGACUUUGACCUACAGGAAAGAUGGAGAUAUCCAUGUGCAGUGGCAACUGAGUGCCAGGAAGAGCACAGACAAAGAUUUUGUGCUGCCCCCGAAGCAACGAUUGAUUUGCUGGAUUGUGGAUAAAAUGGAGCUCGACACGAGAUUAGAGGAAAGAAACCGAUACUACAGAGAGCUCACCAAACACAUUCCGGUGGACGUCUUUGACCGCACGUCCCUCAGCGAUGAGGACUACUUUCAAACAAUUAGCAGCUGCAAAUUUUACCUUUCCUUUGAGAAAUCAGAUGAUAAAGAUUAUAUUACAGAAACGUUCAACGGGCCUCUUGCAGUCGGCACUGUGCCGAUAGUUUUGGGGCCACCAAGGAAAAACUAUGAGGAGUUUUUUCCAGGCACUUCAUUCAUACAUGUUAAUGAUUUUUCUAAUGCCAAAGUUCUGGCUGAUUUCCUCAUGAAGCUGGAUGUUGACAAUAAGACUUAUAUGAGCUACUUUAGCUGGACGCGUUUUUACACGGCAAGACGGCAUCUUACUGAGGAGAAGUACAAAUUUGCACAUGCUAUCUGUCAAGCCUGUGAGUAUUUGAGCAUUUAUAAUGUAUAUAGAGUUGUGACUGAUUUAUAUAAAUGGUACUUCAUUUGAUGCACUCUCUUAUGCACUCUCUACUGCACCUUUGCAGUAAUUUAACGGAGAACUCACUAACUUUGGUCCAUUUUUUUUUUUCGCUGAUUCAUCUGUUUGCUUUUUUUUUGUUGGUUGCAUUCUUCUGUAUGGAGCUCCCCCUACAGCUUGGGAGUACCUAUGCCACAAAACUGUUGUUAAAAACGUACUCCUGUGACUCAUCACCAGGGAACCGAUUUUUUGUCUCAGACAUUGCAAGGCUGGUUUUCUGCUACAAGACCAUUGGAGGGGGACAGACAGCUGCCAUUUCUCCAAAAACAAGUUAUUUAACCAUUACAAUUACUUCUAAACUGUAAAAUUAAGGGGAAAAUGUUACUUAUUGCGCCUUUAAAGGCUAGUAAAUAAAAUUACAGUGGUGCCAAAGAAAGUUAUUUUUUGUGACUUAAAUCUGAAAAACUUGAAAGCCUGUACAUGUCAGGAUUUGGCCCUAACCAGGGCUUCGAAUCCAUUUUUCCCUCCUUCGUUUUUCCACCAUCUGCUCCAGCUUUGUUUUACUAGUUAUUUUAUUUUCAUCAUGUGUUUAUUCCCUGUUCUAUUUUGCUUUGCUACUUUGUUGCUUUUAUUCUUUGGCCAUUGUUCAGUUCCGUUCUAGUUUUGUUUUGUCAGUUUGUGUGUUCACUAUUGAUCAUUAGUUUAUUACUUGUUUAUUUUGCUUUUUUCAUUUGUGUUGCUGUAAAGUCAGGUAUUGUUUUCUGUAAUCAGUUAGUCUCUGUUUUUCUUAUUUGUUAAGCCACUUUGUUUUCUUAGUCAGUUCCAGUUGUAGUUUUGUCUUUGCAUUUAUUUUCUUAUUAUUCUCUGAUUAGUUCUCAUGUAGGUUUUUCUUCUGUACUUAUUUUUCUGCUCUCAUGUUCCGGUUCAUAGUUGUAUUUUACUCUGUCCUAGGUUUCCGUUUGAUCUGUGUUCUCUGUUUUCCUCAUGUCCGUCUGAUUGUGUUCCCACUCCACAUCACUGCACCUGCCAUUGUGUCUUUGUCUGUCACUUUCAUGCUGUCUGCUUUGCGUUUUCCUUUACUCACUAUCUUGACACCUGUUCACGUAUCUCUGUCUUUUCAUCACUCCACCUUGUGUUGUUCUCCCUAUCCUGCACCAUGUAUAAUCUUGGAUUCACCUAGCCACACCCCUUUCUAGAAACUUCUCCCCACACAUGCAGCUUGUUUACCAAUCACUUCCUGUUCUAUUUAAGUCCAUUGUAUUCACCUCCUCACUGCUAGUUUGUUGCACUUCGCCGUCUUCGUCCCAGGUCUGUUUUUGCCUUUGCCUGAUUGCCAGCCUGUGUUUGACCCUGCCUUUUUUCUUAUCCGUGAGUCCUGCAAUUGUGUCCAGCCCUCCAGUGUCUGCGGCCGUAUCAGUACAGCUUUAAUGGUUUUUUCAUCAUGUGUGAAGUGUCAAAUGUUCAUACAUUAGCUUUCAUCAGUAAGUCAUUUGUAAACAAUUAUAAAUGUUUUGUUUGUAGUAAUUAAGCUCAUCCAAAAUGUGUUUAUUAAUUGAAUUUUCAUAUGUAAUAAAUGUGUUCACCAUU